AUGGGGAACACCUUUCGACGCCUGUUCGAUGGCCUGUUUGGCAAUCGGGAGAUGCGGGUAGUCAUGCUCGGCCUGGACGCGGCGGGGAAGACCACCAUCCUCUACAAGCUUCAUAUAGGGGAGGUGCUCAGCACCGUGCCUACCAUCGGUACGCAUUACUUCAACAACACCGAUGCCCUUAUCUAUGUCGUGGACUGUUGCGAUCGCGAGCGCAUUGGGCGGGCGUCUGCGGAGUUCAAGCAAAUCAUUGACGACCCCCUGAUGCGACAUUCUGCCAUCCUUGUCUUCGCGAACAAGCAAGACCUGCCUGGAGCACUCACUCCGGCGGAGACUUGUGAGGCCAUGGGCUUGCCAGCCCUCAAGGGCCGCAAGUGGCAUGUCCAAGGCGCCAUCUCCACAAGAGGGGAGGGGCUGUAUGAAGGUCUGGACUGGCUGUCGGGAGUGCUGAAGACGCUACAGCGGGUGUUCCUGCGCUGGUCUGACCCCUCAGAGGCCGAGGGCACCAUGUACUCUUUGAACUUCGGGGUGGAGGAGAGCCCGGCGUCAGAGGGGAGUAUGCUUUUCACCCUGCUCUCGGAGCUGCUGGAGGCCGGUCAGCAGAGCGCAGCUGCCCUGGCCAGCAUGACGGCGCAGCAUACUGAGCUGGAGACUCGGUGCAUGAGGGUCCAGCGCCAGCUCGUCGCCUAUGCCGACUCGGACGCCCAGCAUCGAGCAGACACCGCAGUCAAGGUGGCAGCGCUCCUCAACCUCCACAAGGCACGCGAGAGGGAGCUUCAAGCCGAGCUGGACUGCCUGAAGCAGCACGCUGCACAUGCCUCCCUGGGGACUGCGGGUCCAAGCAGAGGACCCGCCGAGGCGCCAGCACCCAUGGCCGAGGGCGUCGAAACGAGCUCAGGCGGAGGGAGCAUGCAGGGAGAGGAGCGUGCCGACGAGGAGGAGAUGUCGGGCGUGGCAGCGUCUGACACCGACCACGAGCGAUAG